CUGGCCAGGACAUCCGUGAGAGAGGUGGGAGGGGCGGACAGAGCAGCAAGCAACAGUCUGGGGUCCAACCCGUCCAACAUCCUCUCUGCGAAGGCACUGCCCAGUGCCCCCCCCCAUUUCAAAACCUCCAGACCUCAAAUCCCCUCCAUGUGCGUUUUAACGGCUUUUCCAUUUAACAGGAAGCGGCCAGGCUGAGAGGGGCUGAAGGGGACAUCGAGUUAUCCGCGUGGAGGCUGUUCGUGCUGAAGUUCCCCCUCUGUCCGGUGCUUCGGUGAAGCAGGACCAUUGCUUGGUGUAGCUGUAUCGGGGAGAAGGCUCGGGAGGAGGAGAAACUGCGGGAGAAGAUGAGUGAGAAAGAAACGGCGGCGGAGAAGAUAUUAACAGAAGAAAUGGCUAAUCCGUCUCCAGCAAAGAGCAUGGGGGACCCUGGAAUCACCCCCCUGUCUCCCUCACACACUCAGCAGAACGACACGGACCAGGUUCCGUCGGGCCCCUCCUUCGUGGUGGUGGUAGCCAUUGACUUUGGCACCACGUCCAGCGGUUAUGCUUACGCCUUCACUAAGGAGCCGGAAUGCAUUCACACCAUGAGGCGUUGGGAAGGCGGGGACCCUGGUGUGUCCAAUCAGAAGACUCCAACCACCAUCCUGCUGACUCCAGACAGGAAGUUCCACAGCUUUGGUUAUGCUGCCCGUGACUUCUACCAUGACCUGGACCCCAGCGAGUCCAAACAGUGGCUCUAUCUGGAAAAAUUCAAAAUGAAGCUCCACACCACUGCAAAUCUGUCCAUAGAAACAGACCUCCACGCAGCCAAUGGGAAGCGAGUGAAAGCUAUUGAUAUCUUUGCAUAUGCAUUGGCCUUCUUUAAGGAGCAAGCAAUUAAGGAGCUGAGUGAUCAGACAGGUGGAGAGUUUGACAACAAUGAUGUGAGAUGGGUCAUUACUGUUCCUGCCAUCUGGAAAAUGCCUGCAAAGCAGUUCAUGAGAGAGGCUGCAUAUAAGUCUGGUCUGGUUAGCCGUGAGAACCCUGAGCAGCUGAUCAUCGCCUUGGAACCCGAGGCAGCAUCCAUCUAUUGCCGCAAGCUCCGCCUCCACCAGAUGGUGGACCUGGGCACCAACACCACCCAGAACGGCUGCAGCCCCACUGAGAAUGUGGGGGGCGUAAUAACCCAAGUUUCUCCAGGUCAUGCAGCGAAGGAGCAUGUGCGGCGCAACCGGCAGAGCCGCACCUUUAUGGUGGAGAAUGUCAUAGGGGAGCUCUGGGCGGAGCUGGAAGAAGGAGACCGUUACGUGGUGGUGGACUGUGGAGGAGGAACCGUGGACCUGACUGUCCAUCAGAUCCGUCUCCCAGAGGGACAUCUGAAGGAGCUCUAUAAGGCCUCAGGCGGUCCCUAUGGCUCCAUUGGCAUUGAUUAUGAAUUUGAGAAGCUGCUGUGUAAGAUCUUUGGCCAGGAUUUCAUCGACCAAUUUAAGAUCAAGAGACCAGCAGCCUGGGUGGACCUGAUGAUCGCGUUUGAGUCCCGGAAGAGGGCGGCGGCCCCCGAGAGAACCAACCCACUCAACAUCAACCUGCCCUUCUCCUUCAUCGACUACUAUAAGAAGUUCAGGGGCCACAGCGUGGAACAUGCCCUGCGCAAAAGCAAUGUGGAUUUUGUCAAAUGGUCGUCUCAGGGGAUGCUGAGGAUGAAUCCAGACGCCAUGAACUCCCUGUUCAAGCCCACCAUAGACCACAUCAUCCAACAUCUCACGGAGCUGUUUGAGAAGCCGGAGGUGAGCGACAUUAAGUUCCUGUUCCUGGUGGGGGGCUUUGCUGAGUCCCUCCUGCUGCAGCAGGCUGUCCAGGACAUGUUGCAGGGCCGCAGCCGCAUCAUCAUCCCCCAUGACGUGGGCCUCACCAUUCUGAAAGGGGCCGUGCUGUUCGGCCUGGACCCCAGCAUCAUCAAAGUGCGCCGCUCCCCCCUCACAUACGGGGUAGGCGUCCUCAACCGCUUCGUGGAGGGCAAGCACCCUCCAGAGAAGCUGCUGGUGAAGGACGGCACGCGCUGGUGCACCGACGUCCUCGACACCUUCAUCGCCGCCGACCAGUCGGUGGCACUGGGGGAGCUGGUGAAGAGGAGCUACACCCCCGCCAAGCCCUCCCAGCAAGUCAUCGUCAUCCACGUCUACUGCUCCGAGAAGGAGAAGGUGGGCUUCAUCAGCGAGCCCGGCGUAAGGAAGUGUGGGACACUUCGCCUGGAUGUGAGCGGAACAGAGAGCACGGCGCCACGCCGCGAGAUCCAAACGCUCAUGCAGUUUGGAGACACAGAGAUCCGAGCCAUGGCCGUGGACGUGUCCACCGGACGCACCGUCAAAGCUAGCAUUGACUUCCUAAGCCAUUAAGAAGGGAACGAGAGCUCAUGUUCCCAAAUAUUUAGGAUCUGUUCAAAUAUACACACACAUAUACACCCACACACACAUACAUACAUUUAAACACAUAAACUGGGGAUGUUUGAUGGAAAGGUUAGUGAAUCUCAAGGCUGCGUCACUCAGAGGUUAAGUGUGGUUGGUAGAUGGUUUGAAUAAAAGUGUUAAAGUUUACCUUUAACCCGGGCAGGCCUUCAGCAGUAGAAUUCAUUUUACAACCAGAAAGAAAAGAGAGUGCAGUGUGUGAGCUGAGGAGCCUUAUGGUGUUCACACACUCAUAACAUACGUACCUGUGUACCCCAUGCUGAGGCUGCUCUGUGAUGAAUCAGGUUGAAGAGCUCUUCACAAGGAAGAUAAAGGCGUAUCACCUCUCAGACAUAACGUGUAACAGGACAGCUUUUGAAAUCAUCGCUCUAUACAACCCCAGAAAAACACAACAUACGGUAUAAUAUUCUACACUAUCAUAAGCCGCGUUCACACCGCAGUACUUUUCCCACUUUAGUUCCGAUAUAGUUCCAAAAUGUCGCGUUCACACCAAAAAGAGCCGGAACUAAAAUUAGUUAAUCAGAAGCUUUUUCACCCCCUUUUCCAUCCCUGCUAGCGAGCAGGUACUUUAGUGGGAGAAAAAGGUUCCUAUGUCUGAUUGGCUGGGCGGAUUGCAAACCACGCCCCGUAAAACUCCCAAAAGUUUUGUGAAGCCGCCAUUUUAUUAUCCUUGCAUUAGCAUUAUUAGCAUUAUUAGCAUUAGCCCAGCGCAGAAACGUAGAGAGACUAACUUAUGUCAACACAAAAUAAAACAUGGGAGCGGCGGAGAUGAGGAGGUGUCGGCGUUCUGGCGAUUUACUCGGAAGGCUUCAGUAGAAGCUGCUGGGAGUCCCAGCAGCUUCUACUGAAGCCAGUCCCCAACUCCGGGGACGUCAGCGGCGUCAUUUGCCUAAUCCUUCCCCAGGAACUUAUUCCGGUGUGUGAACGCUAUCUGUUCAUGAGAACAAAAGAGUUCUCAUGAACUAAGUUCUCAUGAACCUUUGUGGGAAAAGUACUGCGGUGUGAAUGCGCCUAUAGUGGAUACACAUUCAGAUUGCAUCUUCUUUGCUUCAGAUUACAGCAGAUCAAUGUAUAUCUGUAAACGAAUAACAUGUCAUCAUGGUUUUGCAUGAUUCAGCUCUUUUGACAGAGUAAACUGUCACAUGUCACAGUGCUGCCAGUGUUUUCCAAAGCAUACUCUUUUGUUUGACCUUUCCCUCUCAUUCCUGUGUAUUGCAGUAAAGGAGAUGGAUUCACUUUAUGGUAGUGCUGUAAGCAGGUUCACUAAAGUAUAGAAACCCUCGACAAAAACAUCAGGCUGAACCAUUAGCUUAUUUAGCGUGUUCAUAUAAAGAACUCUGUAUGACUGUAUGAAACAAAUCGUCCCUAGAUGAAGAAGGGACCAACCAUAGGGCUUAUUGGCAAUUCAUGGGCAGCAAAACAAGCUGUUAAAACAGAAGCCAAAAGGGUUAGAAUUCACAUCCAGGAGAAUUGAAGCAACAUUAGCGUUAAUUCUGAUUUGUGUAUUUGCUUAACAUUUGUUUACAGAUAGCCUUUGUGGAUAUAUUGGUUAUUUAACAGAUAAACAUCUACAGCUUUGUUGUUUUUACAGCAACAUUAGGAGAACAUAUCAGUAUGUAUUUUACUAAUUGAGAGACCAGAACCAUUUGUCAGCACUGAAGUAUUACCAUAUGUACUGUAAAGGUAAAAACCCGGCCUGGUAUAACAUGGGAAGUCAAUGUAAAUCUUAUGGCUUACUUUUGACAAUCACUGGCAAUGCUUAGUAUAUCUGAAUUUAGCCAAUCAGCCAAAUCAUGCAAAACCACCAGUAUGUUCCAUUAAAAUGAUCCACAGUCAAAUCUGAAUCCUAGAAUGUGAAAUGUGCUGCAAGCUCAAUCUGAAUAGCAAGUACAGCCAUCAAUGCGCAUAACUGUUGCCUUUAUUUGUUUAUGCUUCUGACUAAUAGAUUAUUGUUCUGCACAAAGAUGCAGGCCAGCUGAGACAAGAAAUGAAGUGUGUUUAUUUCUGUGUAAAUACAGUAUUUAAAUAUUGUACAGAUUUUUAGCGUUUAUUCUGCAGCUUUAGAACCGUGUGUGUGUGUGUGUUUGUGUGUGCUUUCACAUCUCAAAUUGUUUUUCUCCAUAGCAUGAGGCGCAGCAGGUUGGAUGCUCUGUUUAAAGUGAGAGUGGAUGUGCGCUUUUUUUUCGCAAACACAAAAUAAACUUGAAUACCUCCGUCCUUAAAGCAUUUCAGUCUUGAAAUGGUAGCAGAGUCUGUGUCCGGUCCCCUUUACAUCUCACCCGCUGAACUGUAGGAUCAUAAUUAUUACAUAUUCUUUGAAGAAAUACAAUUAAGCCAUUUCAUUUAGAAAUUGUUUUCUUUGUUAAAGACUGAAGCAUAGUCAGCAAUAAUCCAGUGAAGAGCCACAUUUCCAGAUGAUCAUGAAAGGUUUACUUAUUAAAGUCUUAAGUAAAAGAGUGCCUAGUAUAAUAAUUGUGAUGUCAAGAUUGACUCACCCCAUCAGUGCAUACACUGCAUCCCAUCAGCAUCCUUUCAUCACUCAGCUUUAUAUACUGUAUAUGUGACUUCAGAUGUAAUCACUGAGCAUCGCACUGAUUGUAAAUCUGUGAAAGGACUUUGCCACAUCUAAAUGUUCAACAUUCACCCUAACACUUCACAGGAUGGAAGUUCCUUUUCCUGUAUUAAAACAGCAUUGGUAGAAAGAUGAAGCCUGGUGAUGUAGUGACAUCAUGGUUGUUGCUAGGUUUAUUCAUGGGAAAAUGCUCUAUUGGUGUUUCAUCAAUUUGAUUAAUUCGAUACACGGAAACUACAACAGCUUAUAUUAUAGCUUCCUCAAUUUAGGUCACCAUUGUCAAAAAAGUCUGCUACUGCAACUGUGCAAAUUCAUGUGUGAAGGUCACAGUAGGCUAAACAUCAGAGUAGCUACGUUAGCGUUAGCUUUCAUAGUUACAUUUAUUCUGUACAGAACGCUGCACCUUCUUCCUGCUGUGUUACAGUUGGACACUUCCAGUUCAUGACUUUGAUGUGUGUACCUGACCAUGAGCGUCACCACAUCCUCACACAACUCAAGAGACAGGUGUUCACAAGACUUGCACAAGUCUCUAAGCUAGCUUAUUAGCUUGGAGCUAGAAACAAAACAUCCCGUAAAGAGGCAAAGUAUCACCGUGAUAAAAACUGGAAGAAGAAUAAACCUGUGGAUGUUUCUUCGGUUUUGCUCCAGAAAAAGGCCGAGUAAUGUUUCAGUCAUUAACCAGCAGGUUUAUUAGUAAUUUUGACAUUUAGUGUUUCUGGGAUCUUGGUUUCUAAAUAGUACGAUCUUAAAGACAGGUUUUCCAUUUUAACUGUGAAUCAAAGCUUGUCUCGCUUUUCAUUUUCAAUGUACAAAGUCGCUCGGGAUGCUAUCCGGCUCUCUUUCUGCAUGCACGUGUCGCAUGUGUCGCAUAGGAAUGACUAAACAGCAACAAGCUACCAACAAUAAGUUGUUUGCUACUAAUACACAAAAUCAAGGUUCGGCACUGUGAUGAAGAUGAUGAUGAUGAUGAUUGUAGUGUUAUAUAAUAACUUGUGUGCUUAUCAGCCCUGUCACAGGUUGGAGCGUGGCUGUGCUGUGUAUAAUACUCUGCUGCUGCUUCUGUUUUCUGAGCUAAUGCUAAUCCAUGCUAAUGCUCUGAACUGACAGUAGAGCAGCACCUCACAUACUUUACUGAUCUGAACUGAUCUCAUAAGCUUGUAUUCCUCUACACAACUCUCUACUCACAAAGGAUGGAUAUGAACCAGAAGGUUAUAAUAACACCAUGUUUUAUUGAUUCUUUGAGUAGAUAAUUACAAUGUUAUGUGUGAAACCUUGAGUAUAAUGCACAGGAUUCUGAUAUGUAGCAGUUUUCAAAUUAAAACUAUGAUAACAUUAUAUGAAGACAUAUUUAGUGGACAUUAGCCUUCUACUCUCAGCGGCACGUGACACUUCGGCUGAGAUGUCAGUUGUUGGAUUGGUCAGUCUGAGUGGUUCAGGAUGUAAUCUGAGUUUGCAGCCUAGCCAGCUUGAAUCAUGUAAAGGUAUCUGCUUAAUACUAUUUAAAAUACACUAUAAUAUUACUGCUAGAAUGAUUGAGCUUUAGUUAGGAUCAUCUCAGCCACUCUGAAACACAACAAAUGUACACUUUGUUCUUUAUUUCCUUUAUUGAUGAUGCAUUUAUCUUCACUUACUCAAAUGUCUUCUUCUCUUGCAAUUAAAAAAAAAAAACAUUUGAUCAAAAGACAACUAUUACUGUAAUGGGUGUCUUUUGAUCAAUGCCAUGUAAUCACUGUCAGACUGUCACCAAUAAAGUAUGUGUAUUUCAAAGAA